AUGAGUAAACCGAGAUGGUUUCAAGUAUUAACAGAGGAAAACUUAGAUGGAUACUGCGAAAAUCAUGGCAAUUUCCGAAAAAACAUCUUCCGGUUCGAGUCAUGCGACGUUGUGUGCCUCGACGGCAUAGAUCCGUACCAUAUUCAACCUCAUGUUCAAGUGGUGACCUUUUUUGAUGUUAACGGUCUUUACACUGAAGAAAUCUCUAAUAUCUUUGAUUGUUCCCAAAUUCAAAAUAAUGGUUUCGUUGGAGAGAAAGGGCUGAUAGCGUUGAGGCCAUGGCGGGGAUGUGUACGAUCUAAAGAAGGUUGUACUAAACAUGUCCGUGGCACUUCCAAGUUCUGCUCUUUCACAUGCAAGGUGGAACAUGUUUUGGAGCAUGAAGGUGAUUUGUCUAGCAUCACUAGAAAUUGUUCGGUGGAUGAUUCAAGAUCAAAAAUAUCCGAACAUGUUGGUGAUCUAUCGAUCCAUCCAUGUGGUGAUCCAGAGAAAAUCUUUCCACUCAAGAAGAGGUCUCGAAGACGAAUAGAGUUUUAUGACAGUGACGAAUUCGAAGAAACCUUUGCAUACAGGUAUAAAAAAGGAUUUUUCUCUCUUUCUUGUGUUACUAAUCGUCUCGGGUUGCUUGUGAGAUUGCUGAUGAUCGGUGAUCGGCGAGACUCCACAGUUGGAGAUCGGCACGGCGCUGAUGAUGUGGAAUCGGACAGGGGUCACCGUGAUAACUUGACUUUGAGCGGGUUCGAUCGAUCUUGCUGGGCGUCAUCGAGGAUCGCCGCACGAGAGAGUGAUCUAGGUGAGAUCGACAGAUUUAAUGAUUCCAGGGGGAUCGAAGAUCGGCCGAUUGAGAUAGGUUUUGAGAGAAACCGAGAUGAGUUGAGCGGCGGUAAUGAGUUGAGCAGUAGUAAUGAGCUCGGCGGUAAUGAGCUCGGCGGUGAGCUCGGCGGUGAGCUCGGCAAGAUGAGCGGAGGUAAUGAGCUCGGCGGUGAGCUCGGCGAGAGUGAGAUUUAG